CUUCUUUCAAAGGUUUUCUUUGGCCAUACUCUGUGGUAUACAACCAGAGCUCGACUGCCUCCUUACGUAUCGGAGCCGCCAGACAACUAAAAAUGCUGACCUUGAGACGUGCCCUGGUGCCAUGCGCCGCCCCGCGCGUGGCGAUGGCCCCUGUUCGUCUGGCUCCGGCCGUCUUGCGCACUCGGGAGGUCCGGGUGAUGUGGAGCAAGCGCGACGAGACGCUCGCGAAUUGGGAGCAACUCCGGUCCAACCCCGACGAGUGGUACGACAACCGCACCCGCAAGACCAACCCCAAGGCGCCCGACUUCGUACGCAAGGAUGAUCGCGCCGUUGCUCUCUGGAUUGACGGCCGCGACGUGCCCACCUGGGUCGAGGAGCUGCUCCACGACCUGGACUCGCGCCAGGUCAACCGCCGCCAGCAGCGUGACAGCGAGAGUGGGGACGAGCGCGGCGGCCGCGGCGAGCGCCGCAGCGGACCCGGAGGUGGCCGCCAAGCCGCGGAGGCUGCCAACUGGGAGGCCCUGCGCUCCAACCCCGACGAGUGGUACGACAACCGCAACCGCAAGACCUCUGACCGCCAGCCCGACUUCGUGCGUCGUGACGACCGCAACUCGGCGCUGUGGCUGGACAGCCGCGGCGUGCCCGAGUGGGUGGACGAGCUGCUUGCUGAGCUGGACGAGCGCCAGGCCGCCCGCCGCGAGCAGCGCGUGGCGGAGCGGGCGGCGGGUGGCGGCGACGAGCGCCAGGAGGGCGGCGGUGGCCGCCGCGGCGCCGAGGAGCUGGCCAACUGGGAGUCGCUGAGGGCCAACCCGAUUGAGUGGUACGACAACCGCAGCCGCAAGACCUCUGACCGCCAGCCCGACUUCGUGCGUCGUGACGACCGCCGCGCCGCCCUGUGGCUGGACAGCCGCGGCGCACCCCCCUGGGUGGGUGAUCUGCUUGCUGAGCUGGACGCGGCCGCACAGGCUCGGCGGCAGCAGCGGCAGGCGGAGCGCAGCGCCGCCCCCUCCACGCCCGAGCUGGAGGCCAAGCGGGCCGCUGAGGCCGCCAACUGGGAGUCCCUGCGGGCCAACCCCGAGGCCUGGUUUGACAACCGCAACAACAAGCAGACGCCCAAGAGCCCCGACUUCCGCAAGAAGGACGACCGCACUCAGGCGCUGUGGGUGACAAGCUACGGCGCGCCCGAGUGGCUCAACGAGCUGUUGUCGGAGCUGGACGCGCGCCAGGGCGCCCGCUACUAGUGGAGCGGAGGCAUACGAGUCUGGAGGAAAGCGGAGGGAUGGAUGCGUGAGGUCUGGCGGUCUGUCGCCCAACAGAGGGCGUGCGGCCUCUGGCAGGCAGGUGGUGCGACAGCUGGGUGCAGCAGAUGGCUACAACAGAACCUGUUGACUCCUCAUCAGGGUCUUUCGGAUUAGCGGUAACAAUUGCGUUUGGUGGUGCUUUUGUUUCGCAUGGUUACCUUCACUCCUUAUAAAGCCGGUGGCUUUUUGUUUUGGUUGAUGCGAUGGAUGUAGCAGCUCAUACGGAUGCACUUGCCACGGCCCCUUAUUAUGGCCGCGCACCCCUGCAUGCGUGCUUCGAAGUUAGAGGCGCGCUGGUGCGAGGCGCUUUAGAGGAGCCCUGGUUCGUGGUAUGACAGGCAGGCCUCGAACUGUGUGGUCAACCUUCCGGAAUUGACAAUGUUCCUUACUCUUGUUUGGGUGUUAGGUUCCCGUGCGUUGUUCGUCGUGAGAUCGGAACACGUUUGAGUAUGACACGCAACUGUGUGGGUGUUGGAGGCAUGAUCUGCGCCCGCACGGGUCGGGGGUUCCCUGACCGUGGCUUCGAAUUGACCGCCAGGAAUCUGCCUGAGUGUAGUGCCAGAAAUCUUACCGCGGCCGAUCGGGGAGGCCGGGCUGGGCCGGGUUGGUCUGAACUAGUCAGAACCCCCAUGCCCCUGAUCCCAAGUCCCUAAACAGUGCUGUAAAUGAAUGUGCUGGACGAUCACGAGGAUGUACUCCAGUUGUGUUCAUGUAAGGGCUGCAUUAUACUGCCAGCGCUUGCUCUAAUACGUGACGCACUCCGGAGGCAACGGUCAGAACCGCGUCAAAGAAUGCUUUCCUCCCGGGCGAGCCUGCACGGCCCGCACACCAGGAAUCGUUGCAUCAGGACGUGGGUGCAAAUGCCGCUGCCUCGACGCGUUGUCACUGUUGACCCGACUGCUGCUGGACGCAAGGAUGCUCGGCGGUCCGGUGUCGAGGCGCUGCGGUCAGCAAGGGCGGCCGUCUACGCCGCCAUCAAAUCGUCUGGCGCUCUAGAAAAGCGUAAUUACAUCGAACUGGAGUGCUACACCUGGUCGGUGCAACCGGAGGAGGACGACAUUGCUGCGCGCCAUCCCUCGCCGCCCAACGCCAUCCGAGCCAGCGGCUAUCUGUAUGGCUUUGGAAUAGACGGACAUGACGUUAUUCGGGUGAGCUCAGUUGCAGACACGGGGCUGGAGGUCAUGUCACCGCCACCGAGUCUGCUCUACAGGUGGCAGAACGGUCGUGUCUGCCCUGAUGCUGUAACAGGUGCGGGCAGCUGGUUCCGCGGCGGAGGCGCUGCUCCGCCUGCCACCGUCCUCGCACGUCCUGGUCCAGGGGCGCCUGGCAGUGCCCCGUGACGCGCCGGUGGCGGCGCCAGCGAGCCCUGGACAGCCGGCGCCGCCACCGCCACCGCCAUUCCCACCGCCACCCUACAUCUGGGCCACGUCUGUUACCCUCAAGCCCAGUGCAGCCACUGUUGAUAAGACCCCACAAGCAAGCAGUGCCAGCAGCGAUAGCAGCGCCACUGGAGGCGGAGGUAGCAGCUUCGGUCGCAUGGCUGGCGGCAGCGUCAACGGCCGCAUUACCACAAGCACUACUGGCAGUGCCGUCAGCCACAUUGACAACAACAGGGCCACGAGCAGCACGAGCAGCCCUUCCGUCAGCAGUCCGACUCGGACAGGAACACUUGGCAGUGCAAGUAGAGGUGGCGAGCGGGCUCAGCAGGUGGUGGCGUUCUGGGAGGACCUGCGAGCCAACCCCGGCGACUGGUGGGACAACCGGGAGGACAAGGCCAGCGGCCGGGGCAAUCCCAACAUCCCCGACUUCCGUAACAAAAUGGAUCGCGGCAAGGCGGUAUGGAUUGUCGGUGAGUGCCCGCGUGAAUAAUGAAGCGGGUAGGUGCAAGGCUGUGCUACGUUGGCUAGUGUCGGCAUUGCGUUGCCGCACUCCCGAACGUGGAUCAAUCAGCAGAUAAGCCAGCUUAGUGAGAGGGGGGCACACCAGGGGGAGUUAGUCCCUCUUGUUGCUGAUGACACUGCCUUGCUUUGGGCCCGUGCUCCUAUCCUGUUCGGUAAUUUGCGCGCAGACCGUUGCGCACCUGCCUGGGUCCGCGAGUGGUUGCAGCAGCACCCGCCCGGCAGCCUGGCCAGCAGCACUGCCGGUGCCGCCCAGGGUGGCACGCAGGCCCAGGCGUCAAGCGCUGACGAGGCGCUGUGGGAGGACCUGCAGGCGAACCCUGAGAAAUGGUGGGAGCAGUGCAUGAUGGCAGUCAAGUAGGGCAACGGGUGUCUGCGCUUGCGUGUGACCUGCACUGUCAUGCAGUAGGUGCAGCAAGCAAAGUGGUUUCGGGCAUGCUGUGUGUGUAUGUGUGUGUGUGUGUGUGUGUGUGUGUGUGUGUGUGUGUGUGUGUGUGUAAAAAAAUGACGAAACGAAGGCCGCCCAAGCGGCACCGGAGUUACUUACGGAUACCUACCAGUUUACCGAGCGUCGCGUGGCUGCCGUGACCCAGGUAGUCAUACUUACCCGCGAUAAGCCUCUAACCCACACGGGCGACCAUUCGGCCUGACCCCGCGAUGUACCUGUAUGCGUCCAUGCUCCGCACCAUGGGCGAGCUAAACAACGUUCACCCAACACGCCUAAUUCCCAGAUUCCCGCCCGCUGGUCGUAGUCGAGCGCAAAAGCGGAAGCAUGGGCAUAGGGCGGCAGCGAGGAAGUGUCACAGGCAGGCGAAUGGCAAAGGCGACAAGUGUGGUGGCGUGCAGCAGACAAGC